UUUUGUGAGCAUGCGCGAUAUCUCCGCUCUUGUCCUGACUGUUCCUGGCAGGAACUUCCGGCUGGGUAGCUGAGGGAGUUUGGGGAGUCUGGAGAGCCGGGAUCUGAGAGAAGCUACUCUCACUGGGGACCAGUUCAUGGUGGUGGCAACGUAGUGACAUGACAGAGAGACAGAGCUUACCCCCCAGAGUCAAGGACCAUCUGGAGUGAAGUCAUCCUCUGAGGUGAACGAUGGCUGCAGCCUCAACCCGCCAGGUACAGGCUCCACAGAAAAACUCUACCGGGGGUCAGAAAACUGUCCUUCAGGUGGAAGGAACAGCUGACUCGGAAACCUUCCGUCAGCAUUUCAGGCAGUUCUGCUACCAAGAGGUGGCUGGGCCCCAUGAAGCUUUUAGUACGCUCUGGGAACUUUGUUGUAGGUGGCUGAGGCCCAAGACAAACUCAAAAGAACAAAUCUUGGAAAUGCUGGUGCUGGAGCAGUUCCUGACCAUCCUGCCUGGGGAGAUCCAGGUCCAGGUGAGGGAGCAUCAUCCAGAAAAUGGGGAGGAGGCUGUGGCGCUCGUUGAGGAUUUGCAAAAAGAGACUGAGAGACCAGAACAACAGUUUCCAGUCAGUGUGCAAAACCCAGAAGUGCUUGUGGAGAAGAUAGUGCCUGUGAAGACACCACAGGAGUCCAUGAGCUACCAGCUAAAGCAAGAGGAGAACCAGCAGGAGGAUGAUCUGUCAAAGGAUGCAUCGUGGAGCCCUCAUCAGGGACUGCAGGAACAGUCAGGCUAUGAACAGGAGCCUCAGCUCAGACCAGAAACAACCAGGCUUACUCCCCAGGUUUCUGCCUUUCCCCGGGACAGAAGGAAGAGAAAUCAGGAGAUGGAAGCUGUAAUCCUUACAACUGGGUUUCAGGAACCAGUCACAUGUGAGGAUGUGACCAUGUCCUUCUCCCAGGAAGAGUGGAGGUGUUUGAAUUCUACUCAGAGGGUCCUCUACAGGGGUAUCGUGCAGGAGAAUUACAGAAAUGUGGACUCAGUGGGACUUCCCAAACCUCUUCUGAUCUCUCCAGUGGAACAUAGAAAAGAUACACGUAUUCCAGAUCUUCAGGGUUGCAAGGAGACAGAGGUCCUAAGUAGCUCCUGUACAAAUGAGAACCGAGUACAGACUGAUGAGAAACAAGCAAAGAGGGAAGGAAAAAACUGGGAAGACCAGAAGCAACGGUGGGACGUGGAGGAUGAGAAAAUCACAGGUUUAGAAAUCAAGAAUGAGAUCAAAAAGGAGGAUCUAAAAUGGGAAUAUUCAGAAGAAGAAGAACUGAGCAGAACAAUACCAGGAAGACUUAAUCGACAAAUUUUCCAAUAUCCUGUUCUGAAAGAAGCCUGUGAGACUGUGAACAAGUUGAGAAAACAACUUAGGAAUUUUCCACGAGAGAGACAAGGGAAACCAGCUUUCCAGGACAGAGAUUUAAUGAAGAAACUAGGUCAACAGAAACUCUCUGUUGGAGAAAAACACUAUAAACAACUUGCACGUGGAAAUAGCUUCUCUCAAAAUUCCCACAAGUCAACCCCUGAAUUAGAAAAGACUACUAAAUGUCACGAGUGUGGGAAAAGUUUUAGCCGUGGUUCUUAUCUUGUUAGGCAUCAGAGAAUCCACACAGGUGAGAAACCCCACAAAUGCAAUGAAUGUGGAAAAAGUUUCAGUGAGCGUUCCAACCUCACUGCACACCUGAGGACCCAUACUGGAGAGAGGCCCUACAAGUGUGGUGAGUGUGGGAAAAGCUUUAAUCAGAGCUCAAGCCUCAUUGUCCACCAGAGAACCCACACAGGAGAAAAGCCAUAUCAGUGUAACGAGUGUGGGAAAAGGUUCAACAAUAGCUCCCAGUUUAGUGCUCAUCGGCGAGCUCACACUGGGGAGAGUCCAUAUAAAUGUAGGGAGUGCGGGAAAAGUUUCAACAAUAGUUCCCACUUCAAUGCCCAUCAGAGAACACACACUGGUGAGAAGCCCUAUGAAUGUCCUCAGUGUGGGAAAAGCUUCAGUAAGAGCUCUGCCCUUACUAGACACCAGGGAGUUCAUAUGAGAGAGAAGUUUCUGAUUCAGUCAAGGCUUAAUGUACUUGAGAGAAACGUAUCAUAAAAAGAUGAUGCUUGGGGGAAAGGAUGACAGAGAAUUCUUAAAUCACAGCUGACUGUGGAUCCAUAUCCUAAGAACUAUCUCUUGCUGGCUUUGUAGAGUUCAGGAAGAGAAUCAAGAAACCUGGAUCAAACUUCUCAGCUCUGACUAAAUCUGCCCUAUUGUUACAUAGUUUUAGUAAGGCAAAGAAAUGUGAUCCAUGAAUUCAGCCUUGGAAUAGUCCUUUCUUUCUGUGAUCCCACAAGCACUUAAAGAUGUGCAGACAAACCAAUAGAGGUGAAAAGUGUUUCAGAUCUGGUCUUGGUGGGUCUUUUUUUUUUUUUUUGGUUAGAUUUAGAACUACGAUUCCAUCAAUGUAUGGAACCCCUAAUGUGUAAAAUCCUUUCACCAGUACAGAUAAGUAAGUUACAUUUAACUUAGAGUCUUAGAUUGUUUGGGUUACUAAAAGGUUGUGACUUGCCCAUGGUAACCCAACUGUGUCAGAGACAUGACUUGAACCCAGGCCUUCCUAACUCCAAGGCCAGGAUAUGUGGAAUCACAUAUCCUUCAGGUAGAGGUAGUUAAUACUGUAGCAUAUUUCCUCCUGAUGUGAAUAUGCAUUCAGAAUUAAGCCAUAGGUAACCAGUAAUCCAGUUUUAGGUCUUUGAGGAUCUUUGGCACUGUGAUCUAUUGAGUAAAAAGGGAGAUGUUCACAAUUGCAUAGAAGGAAUAGAAAAACAUCACCAAUAAAGUGGAGUGGAGUAGGGUCAAGCCAAUGUAGGAUGACUUGGUUUUAGAAUAUAUGUAAUAUUUGGGUUUGCCUUUUUAAAAACUGAAGCGAAGUAAAAUGUAGUGAUCUCUUAUUUUGUCCCAGUUCUAGCCUGUAAGUUAAGAACAUGGCUAUUAGAAAUUGGCUUGCCUUUCCUUCAACAAAUAUUUGUACGAGUUUGUAAACAUUACUGUUUCUGAUGAAAAUAAAAGUCUCCCUCAACCCCU